AUGUUUAAGCGCUUCCUAUCAGUUAAUAAAGGGUCCAAGGUCAAGAAUAACUCAUCAGAUGACCUUACCAUAAAACAGCGAUCAAUAAUUGAUGAUCCAUUGGAUGAAGACCAAGGUAUAUUUUAUGAACACUCAAAUGAUAAGGAUGUACAGGUUAUAUCUGAAAUGCAAGAAUCCAUGGUAAUAAUAGAAGAAGUGGAGAAAAGUUUUAAUAAUACUAAUCCAUUUAGUAAUGAAUCUAAUAACCCAUUCAAAAGGGAUAUUCCACCGCUGACGACUUCAGAAGAAGGUUUUUCAAAUGAGGAUUAUCCUCCUAUUUGGUAUAGUAAGAGAACUGAUGAUCUGCCAUUUGGAGAUGGGUCCAAUAAGGUAUUCGGUUUUGAAAACUUUGGUAAUACAUGUUACUGUAACUCAGUCCUACAAUGUUUAUACAAUCAUAGAGAAUUUAGAACAAAUGUUUUAACAUACCCAAUAAUAAAAGAUGAAACUAGAGAAAGGAAACUGAAAAUUGUAGCCAAAAAUGCAAGGACUUAUGAUAACUUGUUACAGGAGCUAAAUGGACAUGGAGAAAGUACAAAAUUACCAUCAGGUAAUUUAACAGAUUCGAACAAUCAUUUUAAUGAGGAAGAGAAAUCAUUCCAACAACAAGGUAAAAAAAUGUUGUCAAGUUUUAUGAGAAGAUCAAAUAGUGUCAAUACGAUGGCAACGUCAAAUUUGGAAACGAUAAAUAAAAAUGAAUCAGCUAUAAGAAUUUUUGAUACAGUACCAAAAGAGAGUACGAUGUUACAACCUGCUGAUGUAAUAAGCCCAAACCAAAUCAAUAAUGAUAAUAAUUCUAGGAUAGUAAUAGUUGGAAGAGAGCUAGACAAUAGUAUCUCAAAAAUAAAGGCCGAUCGUUUACCCUCCAAUGGAAGUUCGAAUAAAACAAAUGGUUCAACAGGCGAAGAAAACAAUGAUAACAAUUUCAAUAUUAAUGAAAAAUCAAACGAUAACUUUGAAAGGAAAAAUUCUGAUACGCAAACUAUUUAUAGGACCAUUGAAAGGAGGAAAAAAGUUGCAUUAGUCAAUGGCCCUGUUCUUAAUAUUGACCACAAAAUAUCACAACAUGAUACUGGAUCAGCCAUAUUUGGAAGUCUAAAGGAUAUAUUUGAGUGCAUUACUGAAAAUGAUUAUAUGACAGGUGUUGUGUCCCCACAUCAAUUUAUUCACACUUUUAAGAAGGAAAAUGUUUUGUUUAACAGUAUGAUGCAUCAGGAUGCACAUGAAUUUCUUAAUUUCCUCUUGAACCAGAUUAGUGAUACAAAUUUAGAUAGUGUUGACAACAGAAAUGCUCCAAACUUUGUUCAAGAUAUGUUUCAAGGUUCAUUAACUUACAGAGUAAAAUGUUUAACAUGCGAUAAUAUAACCACAAGAGAUGAGAAUUUCCUCGAUUUUCCUAUUGAAGUACAAGGGAAAAAUGAGACUAAUAUUCAAGAUGUACUCGAAAAAUUUCAUCAAAGAGAACUACUAAAUGGAUCAAAUAAAUUCUAUUGCGAUUUAUGUUGCGGACUCCAAGAGGCUGAAAGGGUUGUUGGUCUGAAGAGUUUACCAAGUACACUACUACUACAUUUAAAACGUUUUAAGUAUUCUGAGGCCGAAAAUGCAAAUAUUAAAUUGUUCAACAAUAUAUAUUAUCCAUCAACUUUGCAUGUCAAGACUACAUUUGACGAAACACAAUCCAAAAAUUACAAAAUGACAGGUCUUGUUGUUCAUAUGGGUGGUGGACCACAACAUGGUCAUUACGUCGCACUAUGCAAGACAGAAAAAUAUGGUUGGUUGUUAUUUGAUGAUGAGACUAUUGAAACGGUAUCAGAUGAGGAUGUCUUAAAAUAUUCAGGAGACAAUGGAAGUAUGUCCACAGCAUAUCUAUUGAUGUAUACUGAGGAUACUAAUACAUGUGAGACUAACAGUCGGGAAUCCCCAACUCAUCUUGAAAAUGUAUCAGAAUUGAUCCAUGCAGAUGACAUAGUACGUAGAAAGAAUUUUGUGAAGGAUUUCUGUGGAGUUCCGAAUUAUUCAAGAGAGCAAUCUACUGAGAUUGCUGAAGCAUUCAACAGUGAGAAGACUAAUUUAUCAAAGAAUAAGAUAAGUGAAAAAACCUCUAAAUUUUUUAGUUUCGCAAAGAAAUGA